UCUAAUCACUAUUUUUUUAUUGAUUUAAUACAAGAGUCUACGAACUAGACAAAAAAAAAGAGAAUCCAACUUUUUUUUCGGUACCAAGUCAUCACAUCUAUCAUUUUCUUUUGAUCUUUCUACAAAAAAAAAAUGGCAUAUUAUUGCAUAUCCCGACCACCGUGGGUUGGCUCACUCAUCUGCGGCGAGGUUUUGGAAAACUCUGGUUUGCGAUGUAAGCCGCCCGGCUCGUGGGGAAGCCCGAAGCAAAUGAGAUACAGUCACGUGUCUUCUUUGACGAAGCAGCAACGACGAAACUGGACCAACGUUAACGGUGGGGAAACAAAGAGCCAAACCAAUUUUGGAGAUUCCGGUGGGGUUGUCACCGUCGAGGAAGCGGAGCUAGUGGCGGUCCUCAGGGAGGCUCAUCCGUACGUAAAUCUACAUAGAGACAGCAUAUUUGUCGUUAUGUUAUCGGCUGAACUACUUGACUCCGGUUCGACCCUUGACGGCAUUCUCAAGAGGAGUCUAAAGUGAAAUCAUUUUGACUGACAUAUGUGCAGGACAUAGCAUUUCUUCAUCACUUGGGCAUAAGGUUUGUUCUAG